AUGUACCCUCUUCCAGCCAGAUCACAGCGUAUUAUUAUGAGAAUACUGAGAUGACCUGGUCUGAAGCUCAGAGCUACUGUAGACAGAAGCACACAGACCUGGCCACUGUGCGCAGCCAGGAAGAAGCAGAGCAGCUCUUCAAUGUUAGAGGAGAUUCUUUCAAUGGUGCUGCCUGGAUCGGGCUGCAUCGUGACAAAGAGAACUGGCAGUGGUCUAACAGUGAUGAUGUCACCUACAACAACUGGCCAGUAGGCUUAUACUGUGCUGCUGUCAAUUCAUAUGGCGUUUGGUACGAUUCAAGUUGCUUUCAUCAUAAAAAUUUUAUGUGCUACACAGAAACCCUGGUUGAAGAACUGAAAAACUGGACUGAAGCUCAGCAGUACUGUAGAGAACACCACACCGACCUCGUCAGUAUAAAGAGCGCCAGUGAAAAUGAAGACCUAGUGAAGAAAGCGCAGGGCAAGCCCUUCUGGAUAGGCUUGUACAAUAACCUGUGGAAGUGGUCACACCUGGGGGAUAACUACACAUUUCACAGAUUUCAGAUUCAGGAGCACCUCUCCAGGAAGUUUCCAAUGGAAGGCGUUAAUAUGCGCUGGAGAAAAAUAGACGGAGAGAUUUUCCACAAGAUUCAGGAAGAGGAAGAGGAGGAGGAGGAGGAAGAGGGGAAGUGCUCUGAGCCAUGA